AUGCAACCCCACCUUAAGGCUGUUACUUGAUCCGCCCGCAAGUCACACAUGGCGUCCAAUGGUGAUGCUGGUUUCAAGGUCUCAGUGGAAUCACUCCAUAAUACAAGAGUCAAGGAGAUCAACUAUGAUGGAGAAGAAAUAUAUGAAGGGAGACCUUCUCUCUCUCAGAAACUAAGUGAAUUAGCUCAACAUGUUGACUUUAGAGAAGAGAGAGCUGAUGAUGAUAAUGACAGAGAAGAAGGAAAGAAGAAACAAGAAGAGGAGGAGGAAGAGGGAGUUUCUGGUCCUACAACUAAGAAACCAAGUCAUCGCUGGCCGUGGGAAUUCACACACUCAAAACUCAAGCAAGCAUUGACUGAAGUUAGUGUACUGUCUGAUGUGUUACAAAUUGUUCAUAAUCAUCAUCAAUACUUGUCACUGGAUCCAGUUUAUGUUAAUAAGAAAUACACAUUACCUCCUUCAUAUCAAUACCAAAUUAAAAAGAAGGCACUUGAUGUAGCUUCCAAGAUAUUAAGAAAAGGAGCUGAGCCACUGAAGAGAUUAUCCAGUCAAACUGAUCACAAGUUUUACAGAGCAUUAUAUGAUUUAAGAAGAAGAUGGAUACUACGUAGAACAGCUAAUGGAGUGAGUGGAGACCUCAGCUAUAGAUCAGGUAACUUAAUUGUAAUGAAGUAUAACACACACACAGUAUAACAGUAAUGGGUACUAUAGUA